AUGUCAGUUGAUAACGUUGUAAAGUUUGUUUUAUUUUACAGUCCUCAUGGUGAUGGCGUGCAAGAAUGUACAAUAGAGUUCAAGGAAGCAUAUUCAGCAAUAACAGCUCUCCAUUUAACUGGAGUGGAAUUGGGUGAUCGCACCUUGAUGGUGUCGUCAACGACUGCUCCUUCUGGCAUUCCUUUUAAUAGUUCAUACCAACAACAAAUCAUAUCAUCACAGAUGCUUCCACAAAAUCUCUCACCGCCUAGGUCACUUCAAUCCAAAUCAGCUCAAAAACCUUUGAUCACACCCAUUACCGUACAACCGUUCUCUAUAAAUUCUCUUGCAGCAAUAAGAGCGAAUCCCGCAAUUUCUCCGACUGUCGCACAAUUUGAUCCAGCCAAGGCCGAAGAAAUAUCAAGAACGGUAUACAUUGGUAAUAUCAAUUCCUCGAUAUCGGAACCGGAAUUAACACAAUUCUUUUCGGCCUGUGGUCCAGUUGCCUAUGUGAAAAUGGCAGGUGAUCCAGCUCAACCUACAAGGUUUGCGUUCUUAGAGUUUGCUACUUUUGAAGGUGCGCAGGCUGCUAUGCAAAUGAAUGGCAAGAAUGAUGCACCGGAUGUACAAGCUACCAUGCGUCGUGUUAGAGAAGCACAACUGAGAAUUGCUAACCGAUUAAAUACCGAUGGGCCUAUACCAGAUAAUUCUCCUUCAGCAUCAAUAAAUGAUGUUGAAAUGAUGGAUGUUAGUUCACCUGCUGCUGAAGCGGUUCUACCUCGUAAACGUGAGAAAGAGAGGGAUCGAGAGAGAGAAAAGGAACGUGAACGUGAUAGAGAACGUGACAGGGAACGAGAUAGAGAACGUGAUAGAGAACGUGACAGAGAACGUGAUCGUGAUAAAGAAAGAAGGGAAAGAGACAGGGAUAGGGACAAGGACAAAGAGAAAGACAGAGAAAAGGAUAGAGACAGAGAAAAGGAUAGAGACAGAGAAAAGGACAGAGACAGAGAAAAAGACAGAGACAGAGAAAAAGACAGAGACAGAGACAGAGAAAAAGACAGAGACAGAGAAAAAGACAGAGACAGAGAAAAAGACAGAGACAGAGAAAAAGACAGAGACAGAGAAAAAGACAGAGAAAGAGAAAGAGAAAAAGACAGAGAAAGAGAAAAAGAUAGAGAAAGGGAAAAAGACAGAGAAAGAGAAAAAGACAGAGAAAGAGAAAAAGACAGAGAAAGAGAAAAAGAUAGGGAGAGAGAAAAAGACAGGGACAGAGAAAAAGAUAGAGACAGAGAAAAGGAUAGGGAUAGAGAAAAGGAUAGGGAUAGAGAAAAAGAAAGGAACAGAGAAAAGGACAGGGACAAAGACAAGGACAGGGACAGAGACAAGGAUAGGGACAAAGACCGAGACAGAGACAGAGAUAAAGGAAGGGAUAGAGAGAGGCGCGAAAAAGAUGAUCAUGAUAAGAGCCGAGAUAAAGAUAAACGUGAAAGUCGAGAUAAAGAACAAGAACGUGACAGUAGAAGUAGAAGUGAUAAAGAUAAAAGAGACAAAAGAGACACUGAAAAAG